AUGAAAUGUACGGCAUGUGUCGCGCUGAAAGCGGGGGCGCCCUGUGCUGGGGGGCUUAGCUCGUGCACUUCGUGUCACCCACGCGACUCAAACGCGAUCGCCCCCGUUGCUGUUGCCGACCACAACCACAACCAAAACUUCGGUGGCCGAAAAGUCCGUUUGCAGUCGUUUUGCAAUGCUACAACGCACAAUCAAGCCUGUGAGCAGUCGGAGAACCACGAAACUCUUCUUUUGAAGCACUAUUCUUCCAUUCCAGCAUUGAAAUUUGGAGCAUACCACCUAAGUUCGACUGUUUACGAGACGUCGAUAUACGUACCUAUGACAAGUAAAUCCCUCCGCCGUCUUGCCUCCGACCAUGCUUCUCUCCACACCAAAGGCCUUCCUCCAAAUUACCUCUUCCCGCCUGGAAAAGACGAAGACGCCCUAGCCGACCUGAGCUCUCUAACCAUUCUCCUUGCUGGCCCCGAAGGUACAGCUUUCGCCUCGGGACUAUAUACUUUGGAGCUCAAGAUCCCUCCCACGUACCCUCAAGCCGCUCCCACAGCUCAUUUUCGCACUCGCAUAUUCCACCCAAACGUUGACCCGUCAACGGGUGCAGUAUGUGUCGAGACGCUCAAACGAGAUUGGAAGCCCGAACUCACGCUUAGGGACGUUCUGCUCACGAUAUCAUGUCUUUUGGUCUACCCGAAUCCGGCAAGUGCACUGAAUGCAGAAGCAGGACGAUUGGUAGAGACUGAGUUUAGUGAAUUUGAGCGAAAGGCUGGAUUGUGGGCUCGCAUGCAUGCACCUAUCCCGGCAGCAUUGCGGGCUGCUGUCGAGGAGGCGAGAAGACGAGGUGAAGAUCAGGGAAAUGAGCCGGCUGGCAGCAGCAAACAGAUGUUGCGGAAGAGGAGGGAGAGGGAGAAGAAGCCGGAAGGCGAAGACGUGUUUGUGAGAGAGGACUCCGUGAAGACUACACCGCCGAAACAGAGUGGAAAAGCUGCUGUGAAUAUGCCUGCCCCUGCUCCAGUCUGCAAAGGGCUGGGGAUUGAUGUCAUGCCCGAGUCCAGCUUGAAUUCGAGUAUCCUAGAGACACCCACGCAAGCUCCUGUUGCUGUGCGACGGAAGAAAAAGUCUAGUCAAGACGACGUGUCGAAUCCGACGUCUCAGCCCUCAGCCUCUUCAUCAGCAGCACUUGUCCCACGCACGCCCAUUUUCAAACCCAUCGUCCACUCCAAUCCAUCCACUCCACGAUUAGGCCAGCCCUCUCCAAAACGGAGACGUGUUACCCCACCGGAGAAUGAUAAGAACCUUGAUACUUUCCACCAGCCGCCGAGUGACGAUGUUGAACAUCUUCAGCCCAAGUCGGGUGAAGAUGCAGCAGAUCGACCAUGGCUUCACUGGCAGAACCUUUCCCCUCAGUCGUCACCAGAAGAGAGCGGAGAGCAAAGAAAAAGCAGGCUUAAAGCAAAUAUGAAGCGGCUCGAGCUGGUCGCUGGGGAUUUAUAUGCCUGGAAUAAGGGUACAUUUGGGCCCAGAAAGGGUGUCGACAGGUUAUGAUGCACCGAAAGGAAAUUUCGUUCCCAAUGGGAAAAGAGCGCCUCGAUAUGACUUUUUGCGGUUGUUGGAAUGAGCACUAGCCCCUCAGUUUGCGAACUUUGUUGGCAUAGCGUAAGGCGGCUUAUGUUUUCCUGCAUUUUUAGAUUAGGGAAGGUUAUUUUGACCUUUCAACUUGACUAAGCCACUUUUCCUGGACUUCGACUUCGGCUGAGGUGUGCAUGAUCCUACAUUGCAGGGUUUAAAAAAAGGUCAUGCGGGCAGCCUCAUGCUAAGAGCUUGAGUAUCAGCGAAGCGAUACCGUCUAGGACAAGGACAACGACCAGGCGUGUUUUGCUGGACGACGGUAGAAGUGUCACCACAGGACUUGUCGAAUUUGUCAGGAGGGAAAUGGCGAACAGCGCGAUGACUCCAUACUUGAUGAAGCAAAGUUGAAGUAAAGCUUAUUGGUUUGAAAAUCAUACAGGCCCUGAUUCCAAGAGCUACAAAUGUCGUGCAAUUUGUAAUGCACGAUGCUGAUCAUAGAAAUUGUGCUUGGAACAUACUCAAAGCUCCAGAUGACAGGGCCUUCGUCCGUUUU